AGACAGCUCGAGCAGGUUUGCUGGGACUCGCAGAGGCUCUCCCGGUCCCGAUGCUGCGAGGAGGCGAGUACGAAGAGUCGCGUCAUCAUCAGGAAAAGAAAGACGGCCGUCGUCCACCGAGUCAUUAUUUCGCCGUUAACGUCGACGUACGGCGAAAGUGAGGCGCGGACGACGAGCCGAGAGCCGCGGUACCGACGCUCGCGAUCUACGAAAGGAUACUGCGGUAUCCCCGGAAAUGACUUCGAGAUAAAAACGUGUCACAGUCAUAAUGCGUCAUCAGGUAUAUCAUCAUAGUACAUGACACACAGUGGUAGUGGUAUAUGCACUUGAUUGAAUCCAUUUUCGAUGCGUUUGACAGAUGACCGAUUGUCACUGUUUGACAAGUUUGACAAAGUGAAAACCAAAUAAGCGAGCCGAUAUGGAAGCGGUGCCGAGGUUGCCAAUGAUAUGGUUCCAAGUAAAAGUCAGUCCAGAACCGACUACUUUCGGACCGAAACUCAAACAGUACAUACGAGAUUUUUAUAAUGAGGAUCCUGAAUCAUACAACAAUGAGAUACACCAAUUGGAAAGCUUGCGUUCGAUGGCAGUUAGACCACCAGUUGAUACAGCUGGCUGUGUGCUGCUGAAAAAGUAUUACUGUCAAUUGCAUUUUCUUCAGAGUAGGUUUCCCAUGGGCAAGGAUGGCCCUGCUGCAGUCACAUUUACUUGGAGAGACACUUAUGCAAAUAUGGUGUGUUCAUUGGCUAAUAUUCGUUUUGAAAUGAUAUCCAUUUUGUAUAAUAUUGGAGCAAUACAUAGCCAAUUAGGCGCACGCACAGAAAGAAAUAGUGGAGAUGGAAUGAAACUGGCAUGUAGUCAUUUCCAAUGUGCAGCAUGGGCUUUUGAACAUUUGAAGAAUAGUUAUCCCCAACCAUCUGGAGUGGAUCUAGCACCAGAAUUAAUGACUUUUAUGCACCAACUUUGCUUAGCACAAGCACAAGAAUGCAUUUUACAAAAGAGUAUGUUGGAUAAUCGUAAACCAACAAUUGUAGCAAAAGUUGCAAAGCAAAUAGUAGAUUAUUUUACUAUGGCGCUAAACACAUUGGAGCAAGGUGGAAGUGAAGAUGGAACAGUAUCUGAUACAGUGGGUACCAAAAUUUAUAAAAGUUGGAAACGUUAUGUCAAAUUUAAAAAGGCAUAUCAUUCUGCUAUUACAUAUCUUUAUCAAGGCCUCACAGCUGAGGAACAAAGGAAAAUGGGAGAGCGAGUAGCUUUUUAUAAUGCUGCACUAACAUCCCUGAAUGAAGCACAUGCAAUUUACGAUUUUGCAAAUGUUAAAGAAGAAAAGGCUGCAGUAGAAGAAGCACUCACAUUUACGAAUGAUGUAAUAGAAGGCAAAAGAAAAGCUGCUAAAAAUGAAAAUGAGUUUAUCUAUCAUGAAGAAGUGCCAGAAAAAGAAAAUCUUGCUGCAGUAAAAGGUGCUUCUUUAGUUAAAGGAAUAUCAUUUACUAUAAAUGAUCCAGAGGUAUCUGGACAAGAUAUAUUUGCAAGAUUAGUUCCUAUGAAAGUGCACGAAGCUAGUUCUCUCUAUUCGGAAGAAAAAGCAAAAAUAUUGCGUUCUAUUGGAGCAAAAAUCGAGGAAAAAGAUCAAUAUCUGAAUACUUACCUUACAUCUUUGAAGUUGGAGCAUAUGAAUUUAUGGGAUCCUGAUAGCACGCAAGGUUCAGAAUGGGAGUGCUUACCACUUCCAGAAGAAUUAGUCGAACGAUGCGCUGCGCUUAAUGCCAAACAACAUGUUAUUGAGGACUUAGUAGAUAUAAUGGGAAAACUAUCCGAAACAAGCCAAGAUGUUGAAAGUGUAUUAAAAGAAAUAUCGAAACUGUUGUUGGAAGAGGAACAAAAAGAGAGGCAAUACCAAGAGGCAAUUGGCAAAAGACCACCAUCAAUAGUAGCGACAGAUUUGACUAGAGAAGCUAAGAAAUAUGAAGAAGCACAUAACAAGGCUUCAGAGAGUAAUCAAGCUUUGCACAAAGCAAUAACAAUGCAUGUAAAGAACUUGAAAAUUCUUGCUCAGCCAUUGGCUGAUUUAAUGGCGCAGAUUCCAUCACCAAGUAUAUAUCUUUCAGAUCAGAGUUCCGAAAAAUCACAAAAUGCAAAGGAAAUAGAAAAAAUGCAUACUAAAGAACUAAAACGUAUAUUAAAUAAAGUAGAUGAAAUGCGAAUGCAGAGACUUGAAUUGCAUAACAAAUUACGAGACCAAAUCGCCCAAGACGAUUUAACACGCUUACUAGUCACAGCUACUUCUGAAUCUGCUCCUUUGGAUCGUUUAUUUGCAGAACAGCUUAGCAAACAUGAGAGUUUGGUAAAUAUAAUAGAACAUAAUCUCGCAGCGCAAGAUAAAAUAUUAGCGGCGUUAACGGAUGUAUAUGCACAGACUGCUAACAUACGAAAGAAUGUCGAAGAGAUAUUAAAACGUAGAGAAAUUACGAUAUCCUCCUUAAUCAAUUCUUAUGACGCAUAUGAGGAUUUAUUAGCAAAAUCGAGUAAGGGUUUAGAAUUCUACAGAAAAUUAGAAAUAAACGUUACAAAAUUAUUACAACGAGUUAAAAGUACAUGUAAGGUGCAAGAGGAAGAACGGGAGCAAAUACUUGCGCAGGAUAGUAAAAAUACAAGUGAAAAGACUGAUGUGACAAUACCGUCGACCUACGAUCAAGGACGUACUCGAUCUAACAAUGGCCUUAAGUUGAAGGAUUAUUUGAACAGCAGAGUGGAAGGCGGUACUGGUUAUCAAAAUCCAUAUUAUAAUUUAUACAAAGGACAUACUGUAACGUUGCAAGUGGACUCGGCUCCAAAAUCAUCGAUAACUGAUAUAGGAAACAAGAAUGUAGUUCAAUCUCCAAUAUCUAUACCGGAAAGUCCGUCUUCGUCAACGAGAUCGCCCCAACAUUAUUAUCCUACGACGUACACUGAUUAUAGAAUAAAUUCUGCAUACCCGUACGGUGCUCAGAAUUAUUAUGAAAAUCCGAUUGCUUUAAAUCAGAACUCCUUGCCAACGACUAAUACGAACGCUACGGGUGCCUAUCAACAACCAGGGUUAUCUGUGCCAACUGCAGGUGCAUCUAAUUCGAACGUACAAUAUCCUGCAAGUUCCUAUCUACCAAAUGGACAACCUCUAUCAGCAUCUAUUACCACGCAAGAUAAAUUCCACGGAGUCACACAUACCAAUUACAAUGUUUCCAAUACUACUUUGCAAUACGACACUUAUCAAUCUCCAGCGGGUUAUAAUAGCUACAAUGUUGCAACGCCGUAUGUUUCUAAUCAAGAAAAAGCUACGAUUAAAAGCGGAACAGUGAAGAUAUCCUCGCAAGUACAACCAAUACUUGCAAAAGUGCCUGUUUCUACAAUAGGUGCGGCUGUGAACAGUCCCAUGUCAACGGACGAUCAGCGUCAAGUUUCUUAUAGCGUUGCGCAACAACCCCAACAAUAUGAUAAUCAACAAAAAGAUAUGUCUCACGGUGGUCAAAACACUGCUAUUAGAUCUCAGCAGACUCAACUGUCAAAGGAUAAUACGCCCACGCAAAACUACUCGCUCCCUCAAACCGGCCACGCUGAAAUGACAUAUCCGCAAAACUAUCAUCAAGGUACCGCGUAUUACAAUCCGGCAGAACUACAAACCCAGCAAGUCCCAUACACGGACACUCAUGGCACGUACGACACAACUGUCGUCCCUCCGACUCAAUAUGUGCAAUCGCAACUACCGAAUACGAGCAGUCAUCAGUCUGUAAACUCCGUAACAUCGGCGAGCGAAAAUUCAGCAUCGUACCCUUUGAACUUACAUAGCAUUAAUUCCGUUCAAUAUUCCCAGCAGACGAGUACAGAACAAGGUAAACAGAAUUAUACGGAUAAAACAUACGUUGCUUAUGGCACUCAAGUGCAAAUGAACACUGUCGCUCCGAAUUAUCCGAGUACUUAUCAGACUUAUCAGCAUGGCACUCCUGGAACGCCAUAUCAACAACAACAGAGUAACCAGAUGUUACCCGGAGACACGUCUAAUGUCUAUGCUUAUUUAAGCAGCUCAAGUAAUUCAGAGAUGAUACAGAGCCAUGCGAAACCGACGACGGUGCAGAGUUACUCACAGUCGUAUCAAUAUUCCCAGCAAGUUCCUUACUCUGGAUACGUACAAUAUCCGAAUUAUUCGCAAAGUCAGAAUUACACUUACAUGCAAAACACUCAUGAAACGAAUACAAUGGCAUAUACAUAUAAUCCUGUCAAUCAGGCGCAAGGGUAUGCUUAUGCAUCGAAUCCGCAAAAUACGCAGACUGCUCAAGGGACUCAGGAAGCCACGAUUCCAAUGACAUCCUCCGAUGUUACGGCUAGCAGCGUUUAUUAUCAACAGCAAGAGACGAAUGCGAGAUACACGAACGCGGGCGAUAUUGCUGUGGUCAGUCAAACGCCAUCGUCACAAUACAGCCCAGUUUAUCAGCCUCAAACGGGAAGUGACACAUAUUAUACCACACCUUAUGGUCUUCAAAUGCAGGGUCAAACUGGUACGAUUACAAGACCGGUAAAUUACACUAAUUACAAUCAGACGUAUAUGCAAGCCGUCAACAAUGGAACGAACACGACAACGAGCGCAAAUCCGAUGAAGCUUACAACCAAAUCUGAGGAAGCGAAGUCAAACGUCGAUCUUCUUUCCGAUCUUGACAUUACUAUAAACCAUGCACCACUUGUGCCGGAAGUACGACCUCUUGCUACAAUACAGAAAAAAGAAGAGAUGAAUGAUACUGCUGAAGAUGUUAAGGCAGAAAAAAACGAGCAAGAGAAAUCCCAUAAUACUGAACAAGAAGCAACAGUUACCUGUGAAGAUAAAAGUGACCAUGAAAACUUACAAAUUGUAUGGGAUACCUGGUACAAUGACGUUCAACCGAAAAAAGAUCCUCUCGGAGAACCAGCAGCGUUACAAAAGUUCAUUAAUGAUGUUGAGAAAUAUGAAAAGUUUGUAGAUAGUUUACUCGUAAAGACUCUAAGCGGAGCUACAAAUCUUGAUAUCAAGUGGAAAGAAGUUCAAGACUUUGAAGAACGAGAAAAUGGCAAACAAUCAAGUACUGUAGCGUUAGCUCAUUCGUCUGAAAAUCGAGCAGUCGAUUGUAUUCCAUAUGAUACAACACGGGUACAAAUAUCGUCCACAGAUGUUUCGUCGUACAUAAAUGCGUCUCACAUUAUGGAAAUCACGCAAUGGAUACCUAUGGCAUUUAUUAUAACUCAAGCACCUUUAACAAAUAAAUUGGACGUUUUUUGGACGAUGAUCUGGGAACAGGAGAGUGAAGUCAUUGCAUGUUUAGCUUCUGAUGUUCAGCUAAAUGGAGAAUUAUAUUGGCCCAUUAAUGAAGAAAACAACUUGGAGAUAGGAAAUUUUACAAUUUCGUUAAAAAAAAUAAUUAAUCAUACAACCUAUAUUCAAAGAACUCUUUCUAUACAACAUAAUAAAAAGAAAUCUGAAAAAGUUGUUGUACACAUGCAGUUUCUUGUAUGGCCUUCUAAUGGUUUUCCAAGUAGUCCCGGUACUAUACUUGCGUUUGCAAGCGAUGUAAUGACUGAGCAGGCAUUAAGACGUUGCUCUCCCAAGCCUGUAGUGGUACAUUGUUUAGAUGGUGGUUCCUUGAGCAGCUUGUUUUUAGUAGCUGCUACAACAGUAUGUCACAUACGAGCAGGCUGCGGAAUUGUAGACGUACCGCUGGUUUUUAAAGGCCUUGCAAAAUGUCGCAAACAAGUUGUAAAUAAAGAAUCAUUGUUAUUUGCGUAUAGAUUGGUAUUGUAUCACGCUCAGGACAUUUUGAUGAAACGCGGUAUUUUAUCUUCUACUCGAUCCACGUUUGAAAAUUUUGACGGUUUUAAAGGAAAUAAGGAGAAAACAUCAAAAAGAUUGCAGUGUCAUCCCUCGGAUGAUUUUCUUCAUAAUCUUGCUGUAGGAAUACAACACUCUGAUCUGGACCAAGGAAAAAUACAAACGUUAACAAGCGAUAGCACGUCGAGUAAAAGUUCAACAUCAUCGCAAGAGAAAUCUAACGGCGGUGUCAUCGAUCCCUUGAGCCAAUUGGAUCCUUUAUGGUCCAUCAGAAGAUAAUUAUAAAAUGCUAAAGGAAUGUAAAUUCCAUUGCGCAGUUUUAAACGGACGAUUAUUUAUAUAAACGAAAUAGCCAUUCCUAUCUUUGUUAAAGCAAUUGAAAAAAUAUUGAGCUAGAAUUUUUAAGAGCUUGUAUAAAUAAUGUUUUAAAGGAAUUAACAAAGGAAAUAACAACGCAUCUCUAAAUUAGCCUUGAAAUAAAAGACAUUUAUUCAAGUAUUUGCUAAUUCUUAAGUGUUAACAGUUUUACAGUCUGUUAAAUAUAUAGAAUAAAAAAUAUAAAACACA